AUGAUGUUCUUUCCCAGAAUAAAGUCAAACACAUCUCUGCUCCUUAUCUUGGAGUUCUGCGGCGCCCUUGUGCGUGGAGCCAUUGCCCACACUUUCUCUGAAAGAGGCAUUUCGAGCCGAUCCCAAGGGUUUUUGUCUUCGUGUGUCGACUGGGGCGUGCUGACGAACGAGAAGGAGGAGAAGUACAAGUUGGCCGCUUACUGCCGAACAACAUCCGGCGUCUGGCAUUGGUCGAUUUUGGAUAUGCGAAACUGUCUUGUUAAUAAUCAUGGUGCUCUCGCUGCGCAAGACAAUGGACAGUUCUCUAGCACGUGCGGCUCCUGUUUGACUGAUAAUUCUACGUCGUCAUGGGCAAAUUAUGCGUGCAGCUGUGAGAUAUCUCCUGGGGAGGGACGUCACACUGCACAUGGCAUUGAUCUUAAUAAAGUUGUCGGAAACGACGACGGAAAGCUGUAUUGCGGCAUUAACAAAAAGUUUUACGGCGACUUCUUGAAUGUGGAUCAAGUAACUUGGUCAGGGCUUGACAUUGCCAUUAAGGACUCAUCCAGCAACAAGCAAUAG